AUGGUGUUGCAAGACCUCGGCCGCCGCAUCAAUGCGGCCGUUUCAAACCUCACGCGCGAGCAGAAUCUCGACGAAAAGGAGAUUUGCGCCGCCCUGCUCGAGGCCGACGUCAACGUGCGGCUUGUGGGACAGCUUCGAAAAUCGAUACGCAGCACCGUCAACUUCAAAGAACUCCCGCCCGCCGUCAACAAGAAGCGCCUGAUCCAAAAGGCCGUCUUCGACGAGCUCGUCAAGCUGGUCGACCCCCAUGCCGAGCCCUUCAAGCCCAAGAAGGGCAAGUCCAACGUCAUCAUGUUCGUCGGUCUGCAGGGUGCGGGCAAGACGACGACGUGUACGAAGCUGGCGCGACACUACCAGACGAGGGGCCUGCGGGCGUGCUUGGUGUGCGCCGACACCUUCCGCGCGGGUGCCUUUGACCAGCUGAAGCAGAAUGCGACAAAGGCCAAGAUUCCGUACUACGGCUCGCUGACGGAAACGGACCCUGCGGCUGUUGCUCGAGCGGGUGUCGAGCAGUUCAAGAAGGAAAAGUUCGAUGUCAUCAUUGUCGAUACCUCGGGCCGCCACCGACAGGAGUCUGCGCUCUUCCAGGAAAUGAUUGAUAUCCAGGCGGCAGUCAACCCCGACGAGACCAUCAUGGUGCUCGACGCAUCAAUAGGUCAGCAGGCCGAGGCUCAAGCCAAGGCUUUCAAGGAAGCCGCCGACUUCGGAGCCAUCAUCAUCACCAAGACGGACGGCCACGCUCAUGGCGGUGGUGCCAUUUCCGCUGUCGCCGCUACACAUACACCCAUCGUAUUCAUCGGUACCGGAGAGCACAUGCUGGAUCUGGAGCGGUUUGAGCCCCAGCGCUUUGUUCAGAAGCUGCUGGGCAUGGGCGAUAUGGCUGGCCUGGUCGAGCACGUGCAGAGCCUCAACCUCAAUCAGAAGGACACCAUGAAGCAUCUCCAGGAGGGUAUCUUUACGGUGCGAGAUCUACGAGACCAGCUGUCCAACAUCAUGAAGAUGGGACCCCUGUCAAAAAUGGCCGGCAUGAUUCCUGGCAUGAGCGGCCUCAUGCAGGGUAUGGAUGACGAGGAGGGGGGCGCCAAGCUGAAGCGCAUGAUUUACAUCUGCGACUCCAUGACGGACAAGGAGCUGGACUCUGACGGCAAGUUGCUGAUUGACGAGCCGACGCGGAUGACGCGUAUUGCCAGAGGAUCCGGCACGUCGGUGCGCGAGGUGGAAGACCUCUUGACGCAGCAGCGCAUGAUGGCCGGCAUGGCCAAGAAGAUGGGUGGCAACAUGAAGAACAUGCAGAGGGCGCAGCAGGCCAUGUCGGGCGCAAACAAGGCCCAGCAGAUGGCCGCCAUGCAGAAGCGACUACAGAGCAUGGGCGGUGCCGGCGGCGCUGGAGGCAUGCCGGACAUGGGCUCGCUGAUGAAGAUGCUGGGCGGCGGCGGCAUGCCCGGAGGCAUGGACAUGCAGGCCAUGAUGCGGCAGAUGGGCAUGGGCGGCGGCAUGCCUGGCAUGCCUGGAAUGCCGGGGAUGCCUGGAGGAGGAGGUCGUGGACGGAGGUAA